GAGCGGUGUAGUUUGAUUUGAAGUUGACGAAGCGGUAAAGGUGCAUUUUCCGGCGGAGAAAGAACUUGGAAACACUCCUUGAUAUAAUCACAAUGGCGUGGAAUGCAAUGGAAAUUAACCCAGAGAUGCUGAGCCAAGUGCUAUGUAAAUGGGGCGUCGCCUCCUCUUGGCGCGUGGUCGAUGUGGUUGGCUUCGAUGACGAAGCGCUAUCUGCUGUGCCAAAGCCCUGCUGCGCAGUGAUGCUGCUGCUCCCGCUCACUGAACAGCAUGAGAGUUUCAGAAAAAAGCAGUCUGAGGAAUUGGGUGGGAAGGCAGUACCUGGUGUCUAUUUUCUAAAGCAAACCAUUGUCAACUCUUGUGCAACUGUUGGGCUUCUCCAUGCAGUUGCAAAUAAUCAAGACAACCUUGAAUUUGUGGAAGGAUCUGUAAUAAAGAAGUUCCUUGAUAAAACAUCAGGCAUGUCUCCAGAUGAGGGAGCCAAGCACCUUCAGGAAAAUAAGGAUAUACGUGCUGUCCAUGAUGAAGUGGCAGCUACUGGCCAGUGUCGGGUUGAAGAUGAUAAGCUGAAUUUCCACUUAAUUACUUUUGCCAAAGUUAACAACCAACUGUAUGAGCUAGAUGGAAGAAUGAAUUGUCCAGUUAAUCAAGGAAACACUGAAGAUGGCUCUUUCAUCAAGGAUGUAGCCAAAAUUUGCAAGCAGUUCACAGAACGAGAAAAAGGAGAAGUUCGUUUUUCUGCUGUGGCUUUGAUCAAAUGUUAAUUUUUUUUUUUUAAAUAGCUUAUUGUUCAAAUUCUGAAUUGCAAGGGCUUGUUCUGUUAGUUGAAUAUUUCAACACCUGAGCUUCUACUUACAGCCAGCGUAUGUUCAUAGAAAGGAUUCCCAUUGUUUUCUUGCCAUAUAGCCAUCAUUGGUUUGUAUGGAUGAUGAUUCUACAGUUGAUGGUUGGAGCUGUUUAAGCCUUGAAUGUUAGACUUAAAGACCUGGCAGCAUUAGAGUUCAGCAAAAUGUGUUCUGUUGCAAUUUGCCUUCUCUUUCUGAGCAUCAAUAGCACUUUGUAAAGCACUUUGUACUUGUCUGUAUAGAAGUAUUGUCAACAUGCUUUGCACUGUUUGCAAAUAGUUACUGCUGUAACUUUAGUGCUGAGCUAUUGGGGAAAAUAAACAUUCACCUUUUUGUCUGAAA